AGGGGGCGGCGCCGCCGUGCUCCGGGAGCCGGGAGGCGGCCGAGGAUGGCGGCGGCGGCGGCGUCGCCGUCGCGGGAGCUCACGCAGAACCCGCUGCAGAAGACGUGGGAGCCGUACGACAACGGGCUGCCGGCGGGGCACAGCGCCCAGCGCGGCGUAUGUAUGACCAACUGCCCUACUCUGAUUGUCAUGGUGGGUCUGCCAGCAAGAGGAAAAACCUACAUCUCGAAGAAGCUGACACGAUAUUUAAAUUGGAUUGGAGUGCCUACAAAAGAAUUUAAUGUCGGUCAGUAUCGUCGAGAUUUGGUGAAGAAAUAUAAAUCUUUUGAAUUCUUCCUGCCUGACAAUGAAGAAGGCUUGAAAAUCAGGAAACAGUGUGCCUUAGCAGCGCUGAAUGACGUCCGACAGUACCUCAGUGAAGAAAACGGGCACGUGGCUGUCUUUGAUGCUACAAAUACAACUCGAGAACGUAGAGAAACUAUUUACAAAUUUGGAGAAGAAAAUGGGUAUAAGACUUUUUUUGUUGAGUCAGUAUGCGUAGAUCCAGAGGUCAUUGCUGCAAACAUUGUGCAAGUGAAGCUGGGUAGUCCAGAUUAUGUCGAUUGUAGUAACGAUGAAGCAACUGAAGAUUUCAUGAAAAGAAUAGAAUGCUACAAGAACUCAUAUGAGACAUUAGAUGAAAAUCUUGACAAGGAUCUUUCUUAUAUUAAAAUUAUGGAUGUUGGAAGGAGUUACCUUGUGAACAGAGUGAUGGAUCACAUCCAGAGCCGGAUUGUCUACUACCUCAUGAAUAUCCAUGUGACUCCUCGGUCAAUCUACCUCUGUCGACAUGGAGAAAGUGAACUCAAUCUGAAAGGGAGAAUAGGAGGAGAUCCUGGACUGUCUGUCAGGGGUAAAGAAUUUGCCAAGAGCUUGGCACAGUUUAUUAAUGAGCAAAAUAUCAAGGAUCUGAAAGUUUGGACCAGUCAGAUGAAAAGGACAAUUCAGACUGCUGAAGCUUUGGGAGUGCCUUAUGAACAGUGGAAGGUUUUGAAUGAGAUAGAUGCAGGAGUGUGUGAAGAAAUGACAUAUGAAGAAAUACAGGAAAAUUACCCACUUGAGUUUGCACUGAGAGACCAAGACAAAUACAGAUACAGAUACCCUAAAGGAGAGUCCUAUGAAGAUCUUGUUCAGAGGCUGGAGCCAGUAAUUAUGGAACUUGAAAGGCAGGAAAAUGUGCUUGUCAUAUGUCACCAAGCUGUCAUGCGCUGUUUGCUUGCAUAUUUUCUUGACAAGCCUGCAGAGCAACUGCCUUACCUGAAGUGCCCACUACAUACUGUCUUAAAGCUAACCCCAGUGGCUUAUGGAUGUAAAGUAGAAUCUAUAUUCCUGAAUGUUGAAGCUGUAAACACACACAGAGAUAAACCUGAGAAUGUAGGCGUGGACCGAUCGAGAGAAGAAGCUCUGAGGACAGUACCUAACCAUCUAUAGCUGCAGUUCCUGGUGGCAGCAGCCCUUCCUCCACCGGGACAGCGUUAAGUAGCAGCUCGGGUCCCUGAGAAUGGAGACAGCGUGCUGAACGCUGAGCAAGUUGGAACAAAUACGCCUCCCCUUCACUUUAAGACAUUUCGAAUGUGAUUCAGCUUCUUUGGAGGAAACCUGUAGUUCUGGUUAACUCCCAGUGCCGAAAGGUAUUGGUAAAAAAAAAAAGAUUCAUAGAAGCAGAGUAAUGUUGGUUUUAGGUUUUCAUAUGUAAAUUUGUGCAGUUUCAGUAGCUUUUAUUGUUCAUCUGUGGAAUACUGCAAGAUGGCUAAUUGCCCGUGUCAAUUUUACUGUCAGAUUUUAACUAGAUUUUACUUUCUUUUAGUGUUUUUGUAAGAGUUCCUCUUAUUUUUACUGUGAAUGGUUGCCUAGAAUUACACAAAGAUUUUUUUUGAUGGCGUAUUUAACACGUGAAAUUCUGCAUUUUGAGCAUUGGAGGAUUCACGUUGCAAAACUACUUUAAAUUGGAAAGCUCAUCAGUCACGUUAGCUUCUGUCUCUUAUAGUGAUUUUUGGUUUACCAACCUCAACUUAAAUUUGUAUGGGAUGGGGAGACUUACCCCUUGGAAAUAACACCAUUAAAAGUAGACUUGCUAUCUGAAAGAUUCUGCGGUUCUAGCAAGAUUUUAAUGUUUUCUAGGAGCCAGAUGUAUUUAGAUCACAGUGGAGGACACGGUAUUAAGUAAUGGCUGUGGGAUACAAGUGGGAGUGUAAGACAGCAGCCUCGGGUAAUGAAACUAGAAAGAGAAAUGCCCCUUCUGCUGUGGCCACAGGAGGGGAUGAGCAGCUUUCUGAGACUGGGAGGUAGGGAAGAAGGAUUCAGACUGCCAAAGGCUGGAGAAGCUGCUUUUCUUACUAGUGCUGUGAUUUUUUUUGGCAGUUUUUGGAGUGAAUUUCAACAUGUAUGAUUCUCUUUAUAGCCACAUCUAACAUGUAUAUCAGGAAACAGUACAGAAAGGUUAGGUGGCAUUUAACCUUUCUUACAGCUCAUGCAAGAAAAACAGUUGGUAAACUCUGAAAUUGUUUUUUAACAAGAUGCACCUACAUCUUUUUUUAUUGUUUUUAAGCAACCUUCCACUAUUUAAAUUCUUUGCUGCUCUUUUAUAUUUCUUUGUGAAACUCCAGUGCUAAAAAUGGAAUUUUGUAUGUCUGUUGAGGCUACAGCCCUCUGACUGUACUAAAUCAGUGUAUUUUGUAUGUGUUACCAGACAACUGAAGUGAGCUGCCAACACUGUUGCUGGCUCUUAGUUCUUGAAGUGAGAACUAUCUUUUUGUAGAUAGACCGUGCUUUUUUUUUUUUGAUUUAAGGACUUUUCUUCAAUUGAUUGAACUUUUACCAUGUACAUUGUUGAUUUUUUUUAAAGAAACUUUUUUGUUUGUUUGCUCAAUUCCUGUGUGAAAUAAUGGGCCCUCGUAGUUUUGCAGGGAAGGGCUACAUUGUGUUUUGUUUGUGCAGGGUUUAUAAGAUAACGUGCUGCUGUUGUGAUUUGUUUUAAUAAGCUAAUUUCAGCAAUAUGUUCAGCUCUGGAAGUAAGCCAUAUCACAUCGCUGGGUUUCAUUUCAGAAGAGGAAUGGGUAGGGUGUGAAAUGACCAGAAACGCUUGCUUCAGGUGCUGCUGUCUAGAGCUUUGUGUGUGUGAUCCAUUAGUUCAGUAACGCGCAUUUCAGAUCUUUAUUAAUUCAGCUGUGUUCAUAGCUCUUAUCUGAGGAGAGAGACCACACAGCGCUACUCAGAGUAGUUAAUUUAUUGAUGCAUAUUAAACAAGGCCAACUUUGUGGCAAAAGUGUAGGAAUAACAUUCCCCCCUCCGAUACCGUGUGUGCUUUGUGUGGGAAGCGGGGCAGUGCUCCAGGCAGCCCUCGCUCCUCCGGAGCUCUGCCAUCCAGCCAUGAGCAGGAGUUGUUUGACAACUUUUAAAUUGAAAGAGUCAGGGUUUAUUCUGAGUUACAGGCGGCAGAUCCCGGGAUACUAUAUCAGAAAAGCAGGGUUUUACUAUCAGGGUGUGGUACUUGAACCUGGUUGAAGAAAUGUGGAAGGAAAGGUUUCCCCUAGUGAGAGGUGAGCCAAAAGGCUGCUCUUCUGCACUGGCAAGCACAGCUGGAGGUGUCUCCCCUUUCUCCUUUUCUUUGUUUUACCUCUAAACUUUCAGAGGUGCUGUAAAAUUCCCUGAGGCUAAAUGUUUUAUGUAUAGUAGGUAUUUUUAUAGCCUGCUUUUGAAUAUACUGUGAUGAAUGUUUUACUAAGUGGGUGUUCAGUAAAAAGAGUUGUAUACAAGUGUAAAUAAACUGUUAUGCUGAUACUUGAAGAGAAAAAAAUAUGAAGUUGUCUGUUCUACUUUAGGAAGGUACUUAAACCAUUGACUGCAUCCAACCCUUUCUAGCUGGUAAGAGCAAAUGUAGACAAUGAAUGUAAAUGUGAAGCAGUUCUCCCCAAUGCCUAACUACCUUUCCGGGGAGACACUGUUAAGAAUGGCAGAUCAUCGUCCCUGUCUAAAAGCUGCGUACGUCCUCCCCUCGUGUUCCUGACCAUGCAAUACUGACCGAUCUGCCACUGAUAGGGGAGGUAAAAAUCCUUGUCCUGGCCUUGCAUAUUUAUACCCAUGUGUAUUUUACUACCUUUUGACUGUUAGUACACUUGCUAGCUCAGAUGCAGUCUUUAGAAUGGGGUUAAACUAUCUUUUCUUACAUCAUUGGCCUUCGUUGUAAUCUUUCAGACAAAUGUAAUCAUUUGACGUUUGAUCCAAGUAAUAAAGAUCAAAUGCUACACCUUG